GCACCACAAACGUUGUCGUGUUUGUAACUUUUUAGUCGUUUGUUUUUAGUCUUAUUCUUCAGUUUGCACCUAGUAUUUCGCUAAAACAGUCCUCCAGUUUACACUGUAGGCUGUAUUUGAGAUUCAAAUACUCGAUAACUCUUGCCUUUAACAAGAAAUUAUAUAUAUUUUGUACAAUUGUAAAUUUCAAAAUUUCUAUUUUAACUUAUUUCAAAAACAAAUUAUUAAGCUUAUAAUUAUGGAUCAAGGAGAAACAGUUGUCAUACCUAAAGCUACCAGUAACCCAUGGGGUAAAACUCCAGACGUGGCUCCAUGUUCUCUCAUGUCAGUAAUGGACGAACAGUUAGCCAAAGACCUACAAGACAAGGAAGACGACGCCUUUAAGCUUAACAGUUUACACGUAGAUCUCCCUGGCAUUGAUAGCAACAACCCUGAUGUGGACAGUGAUUUACUUCUGGCCCAAAUGCUUCAGAGUCAGUUUGACAAAGAAAAUGAUCACAUGGUGAACAUCUAUGAGCAGAAGUAUAAUGGGAAUAGCAAAGUUUCCUUGUCUUUCGACAACUACAAGAGCAUUCAUUCCAUCAUCAAAGAUGACUCCAGCUGUGAUGAACUUGAUGAACAUGAUGAUUUAGACACUCUACCUCCACCAGACCAUGGUAUGGACACCAAGGCGUCCAAAACAAAAACUACAAAGAAGAAGAUUACAACUAAACAUGAUGCUUUACUUUGUGGAAGAAAAAAUGCUAGAAGUCUUGAAAAGUUUCCUCCAGGUUUUGCAGCAGGUGAUGUUGGUAGUAAGAAGCUUGACCUGAAGCUAUCCAACAGUGUAUACAACACAUUGAAGCAACAUUCUUACAGAGAGGAAAGACAAAGUCACAGACUACAUGAAAAGAAAGAGCAUUCAACUCAUGAACAGGCUUUAGAUCCCAAGACAAGGCUUCUUCUCUACAAGAUGGUGAACAAUGAAACCCUUGAUAAUGUCAAUGGCUGCAUCAGCACUGGAAAAGAAGCUUGUGUUUUUCAUGCAAAUGGAGGAAGGAAAGAGAGUGGAGAAGAACUGCCUACUGAAUGUGCUAUCAAAGUGUUCAAAACUACAUUGAAUGAAUUCAGAACAAGAGAAAGGUACAUCAAGGAUGAUCACCGCUUCAGGGACAGAUUCAGCAAGCAAAAUCCUAGGAAGGUCAUCCGUCUUUGGGCUGAGAAAGAAAUGUGCAACCUAAGCAGAAUGCAGAAAGCUGGAAUCUCAUGUCCAAGUGUUGUUUUAUUGAAGAAGCACAUUCUUGUCAUGAGCUUUGUUGGAAGGGACAUGAAAGCUGCUCCUAAACUUAAAGAUGCUGUGCUCUCAUCCAAUCAGAUGAAAUUAGCCUAUGAACAGACUGUAGAGAUGAUGUGCACCAUGUACCAAAGAUGUAAACUUGUUCAUGCUGACUUGAGCGAGUACAACAUCCUCUGGCAUGAUAACCGUGCAUGGUUCAUUGAUGUCAGUCAGGCUGUGGAACCAAUCCAUCCCCAUGCUUUGGAGUUUCUUUAUCGUGACUGUACUAAUGUGACAGAGUUCUUCAAGAAGAGAGGGGUACCUGAUGUCAUGUCUGCUUCACAACUGUUCCUGAAAGUAUCAGAACUGGACAUUCCUUUGUGUGAUGAUGAGAAUCACUUUCUGAGCAAGGUCCAUGGCUAUGAAAGGUAUGAGAUGACAGUGGGUGGGCGCAAGAACUGCCAGCCAUAUGAAUUUGAUUAUUUUUUCAACAAGACAACAAAUGGAGGAUCAUCAAGUGAUGAUAGUACUGAUGAAUAAUGAUUUGUAUGUAAAAAAAGCAUGUUGAGGGACCAAUWAAAGGACUAAAAAGAUCAA